AUGGUAGAAUUGGCCCCAAUAUUCAAGAAGGCCUACUGGUUCCUUGCAUUCUGCGGCCUGGUCUAUGUACUAGCCGUGUUUUCAUUGACAUAUCCUGAUGUUCAGCGAGCCGUACUUUAUUCUAAUGGAAUUAAUCCAUCAAAAUUCUACGACGUCAACGAUGUUGAGAGUUUCGGAUUUCUGAAAUCUCAGGUACAGCCGUUCAACGUUGUAACGCCUGACAAUGCCACUUUGUAUGCAUGGCAUGUCUUACCGCUCCAUCUAUACAAAGAGCACGAGAGUGAGCUGCUUGUCGGUGGGACUGGCGGUGUAGCCGAAGACUUUACCCGUACUGCUUCCUUUAAGCUCCUUGCGAAUGAUCCCAAUGCAAGGGUCAUUGUUAAUCUGCAUGGAAACGCGGCAAAUCUGGGCUCUGGCUAUCGUCCUGGAGUCUAUCGUAAUUUUGUAGCGGCAUCCACUCCCUCCAACCCCGUGCAUGUUAUCGCCUUUGACUAUAGGGGGUUUGGAAUAUCCACAGGCACUCCCACUGAGGAAGGGUUGAUUACUGAUGCCUUAUCCGUGGUCCGCUAUCUAAACUCCCCACCCCUGUCGAUACCUCUAUCAAGGAUUGCCGUUACUGGACAGAGUCUAGGCACAGCUGUUGCCGCGGGAGUGGCCGAGCGGCUUACUUUUGACGGUGCACCCUCUACUGAGACUCUAGCUGGGAUUCUGCUCAUCGCCCCAUUCUCCAACAUUGGCCAACUCCUAGAAUCUUAUUGCUUUAUGGGAGUUCUUCCCCCACUUCUCUCACCAUUACUGGGGUAUCCUCAGUUCAAGCGUUAUGUCCUAAAUCACAUUGUCGAUUCGUGGGAUACGGCGGCGCGCCUAGCUAGAUUAACGGGCGUAUCACCUAGAUCAGAUUCUGAUGCGAAGCAGAAUAAUAAGAAUAUAAAAAUUUCAAUCUUACAUGCUCACAAUGACCCCGAUAUCCCCUGGCGCGAAGGUAAGCAGGCGUGGGAGGCUGCUAUAGGAAGGGAUAAAGCUAGACAAUUAGGUAUCAUGUUGCAAGAUUUACAGUCCAGUGACAAUAUAACGGAAGUUAAGAUUUGGGAGAGGAGAGUUGGCUCUGGAACUAAGAGGGUCAAAUGGGAAAAAGUGAAAUAUGGAGGACACAACGAAAUUGGAAAUAUGGGCCCAGCAGCCGUGGCUGUAAUGGACCUUUUUGAAACGGUAUGA